GCUUUCAUUCUCUGCCGCUUGAACUCCAUUCGUAUAAAUAACACAACACAACUCUCUCUCUCUCUGUAACCUCUCCACUUCCAUUCCUUUCGUAUUCUUCCUCCGUUAUUAACCCAUUUUUGUUUUAACCUUCAUAUUGUUCCUCCUUUAUUAAUCCAUUAUUUUUUAACCCACUUCUUCAAAUUCUUGAAGAAUCUGCGUUUCUUUUCAGCUUCUUGAUUCCAUACCGAAACUCCCCGUUUCUUUAGUUUCUUGAAUGCAAGUUCUUCGAAUUACUUGAUUUUUUCACUAGUGUUAUUCUUUUCUUUGCUUGAUUGAUCUUCGUAUUAUUGAACCAAAAGAAGAGUAUUUCUGGUGCUCUGUUUUUUUUUUUUUUUUCAUAGUCAACCAUGUUUGAUGCCAUGAGAUCCAAGUUCUAUAAGAAAUCAAAAUCGUUGUUGAAGCUUUCGAAGACGAGGCUGGAGACAGCGAAGAAGAAGAGAUUUGCGGUGUAUCAAUAUUUGAAGAAUGAUCUUGCUGAGCUUCUCAGAAACGGGCUUGAUUUAAAUGCAUAUGGCAGGGUUGAAGGGUUUUUGGCAGAGCAAAACAUGGCAUUCUGCUAUGAGUACUUGCAGCAGUGCAUUUCGACCAUCUAUAACCAGCUCUCAAACAUGGAGAAUCAGAGAGAAUGUCCUAGUGAAUGCAGAGAAGCUGUGGCAACUCUGAUGCAUGCUGCUGCUAGAUUUGCCGACUUGCCAGAAGUACGCGAACUCAGAACUGUAUUUACUGAAAGAUAUGGGAGUUCCCUGGAAAAUUUUGUCAGUAAAGAGUUUGUUGCGAGGUUAAGUCCAGAGGCGCCCUCACAGGAGAGGAAGAUUCAGAUAAUGGAGGAAGUAGCACAAGAAUUCUCCAUUCUAUGGGAUCCUCGGUCUUUAAGAAAGCAGUUGUUUAAACCGGCACCACCAGCACAAGACAAGCCUGUGCAUCGAACCCUUCAUGAUACUGACAAUGAUGGAUACAAUAAGCAUAAAAAGAAGGAUGAUGCCUUACCGGUAAGGGACAGCCGCGAUGGUGCAAAAAAAAUGAAUGAUGUGAGGGUGCAUGAUGUGCCAACAUCUAAUAGAAAGAAGGACGCCCCUUAUGAAAGGUACAAUGUGCCUAGUAGUAGGGAAGAUAAUGACAAUGAUGGAUACAAUAAGCAUAAAAAGAAGGAUGAUGCUUUACCGGUAAUGGACAGUCGCGAUGAUGGAAAAAAAGUGAGUGACGUGAGGGGGAAUGAUGUGCCAACAUCUAAUAGAAGGAAGGAUGCCCUUUAUGAGAGGUACAAUCUGCCUAGUAGUAGUGAAGAUGAAGUCGUUUCGAAUCAUAGAAGAAGAGACAGCAGCACCAGCCAAGAUAGCCAACGGACUGGUUCGAGUUCCGUAGGAAGUUCUGUUUCUGAAGAUGAAAUUGAUAGCAGGAAGCCCGUUCGCUAUGGACUUAUCCGUCCCCCUUAUGUCAAAAAGAGUAAUGCCAAGAUAGGAACAGAGGAGCCCUUGAGAUCAAAUGAUCAUGUAAAUGCAGAGCAAACCAAUUACAAAGAUCCUCCAAAUGUGAAAAGCAACUCGAAACUUCCACCAGGGCGUGAAGUCGCUGGCAAUAACUUGAAACCGCCACCAGGUCGUGAAAGGGCUGGCAUUGGUAUGGCUCAUAAAAUAAGUCCACGUUUGCAGUCCAUACUUAAUGAUGGUGGGAAUCUAAGCGAUGAAGAGGAGAAAAAAAUGGAUCAGCUGUUGAUGCAUUACAGUAAGAAAAAGACAUAUUCUCCUGCAGGACAAGAUAUUGAUGACACUUAUGGAGCGGCGAGACAGAGAAUUUCAAGAGGAAAUGUAUAUCCUCCUCCGGGAAAACAAUACGAGGAAACUAAUGGGACAAGGCACAGAAAUGCGAAGUCUGAGGUGCCUGCAGCACCAGCAAGGGCUUCAUCUAUGCCACCAGAACAAAAUUCUAUAGAUGAAGCAGCGAAAAAGCACGGUCGAGCCAACUCAUUGCAGCCGGAGAUGUUGGCAGGUCACGUGCAUCCGAAGCUGCCGGAUUAUGAUGACUUGGCUGCAAGACUUGCAGCUCUUAGAGGGCGAUAAAAUAACUAAAUGAUGAGCUACAUAUAGCAUCAGAAGCUUAGAAAUUAACUAGUUUCAAUUCGUUUAUAUUCAUGAUUUAUCUAAACAUUGAUUCAUUCCAUGUUCUUCUAUUGCAUUGGUAGUGUUUGAAAUUAUCUUCUGGAUGAAAAUCUGUACUCUCUUUGCAAGUGAAGAUAAUCCAUUGUCUAUGUAAUGUAACUUCAAAGCAUAUAUUAAACUAGCUGUUUGUACAGUAUUUGAUGCAUAUUUUUAGUUUCUACUUUCUAGUUUGAUUAUG